GGGGAGGCGGGGGUGGAGGCCCCGGGUCCCCUCCGGGGGGCUUAGGGAGCGAGGCCCCGCUUGCAGCGAGGCCGCCGUCCCGGGGCGGGAUAGAAGUGACAUCCUGCAGUCUGUUCAUAUUUGCAGGCAGUCAUGGAUCAGGUCAUGCAGUUCGUGGAGCCCAGCCGGCAGUUUGUAAAAGACUCCAUACGACUUGUUAAAAGAUGCACCAAGCCUGACAGGAAAGAGUUCCAGAAGAUUGCCAUGGCAACAGCAAUAGGCUUUGCAAUAAUGGGAUUUAUUGGUUUCUUUGUCAAAUUGAUCCAUAUCCCAAUCAACAAUAUCAUUGUAGGCGGCUGAAUAGUCACCAUGAAGAGCAAGAUGUUGUGACACUUGCUGCAAGGACUUCACAGCUUUGUAAUUUGUUUGCUAUUAAAUGAGCUCAGUUUGGGUUUUCAUGCA